UGAGUUCUCAGCAACGCCUUUAAGUACUAAGCUCUCAAAGCAGUCCUCCUCUCUAUCCCUUCCUUUGCACACCCAAUUGGCCAUGGAUUCGCUUCUUCAACCAAAUGCUAGAAAUCUUGAACCUAACCAAAACUCCGAAACUCUGAGUUCCACAGCUUUAGAAGUGGAAAUCAUAAAUAAUCCAUUGCAAGGCAACAGAGGUGGAAACGUUGUUGUUAGAACUAUGGGGGAUGAGGAUGAGGAUGGUGUUUUCUUGACAUGGGAGGAUUUGUGGGUGACUGUUAAUGGAAAGAACGGUAGCAAAUCAAUACUUGAGGGUGUGACUGGUUAUGCACGACCAGGGGAGCUCUUGGCCAUAAUGGGUCCUUCUGGUUGUGGCAAGUCUACCCUCCUUGAUGGAUUAGCAGGGAGAUUAGGUUCAAACACAAGGCAAUUGGGGGAAAUUCUAAUCAAUGGCCAUAAACAGAAACUAGCUUUUGGAACAUCGGCUUAUGUAACACAAGAUGAUACUUUGAUGACAACUUUAACGGUGAGAGAAGCUGUGUAUUACUCGGCUCAGCUCCAACUCCCAGACUCCAUGCCAAUGUCAGAGAAGAAGGAGAGAGCAGAGAUGACAAUAAAAGAAAUGGGGUUACAAGAUGCCAUGAACACAAGAAUUGGUGGAUGGGGAGCCAAAGGUAUCAGUGGUGGGCAAAAGAGAAGAGUGAGCAUUUGCAUUGAGAUCCUGACACGCCCAAAGCUUCUCUUCCUUGAUGAACCAACAAGUGGACUUGACAGUGCAGCAUCAUAUUAUGUGAUGAGCAGAAUUGCAAAGUUAGAUCAAUGGGAUGGAAUUAGAAGGACUGUAGUUGCAUCCAUUCAUCAGCCCAGUAGUGAGGUCUUCCAACUCUUUCACAAUCUUUGCCUUUUGUCAUCAGGGAGAACUGUGUACUUUGGUCCUACUUCAGAUGCAACUGAGUUUUUUGCUUCAAAUGGCUUUCCUUGCCCGACUCUCCAAAAUCCAUCUGAUCACUACCUUAAAACCAUAAACAAGGAUUUUGAAAAGGAUCUUGAGAAAGGUUCAGAUGGAGGAAUACUCACAGAGGAAGCAAUAGAGUCUCUUAAAAAGUCAUAUAAAUCAUCUGAAACUUACCAACAAGUUCAAAGACAAGUAGCAGAAAUAUGUAAACAGGAUUGUGGAACAUUAGAGAUGAAGAGAAGCCAUGCUGGCUUCGUUACUCAGUGUCUUGUUCUUACGAAAAGGUCUUUCAUGAAUAUGUUCCGUGAUCUAGGCUAUUAUUGGUUGCGGCUAGCUAUUUAUGUUGCAUUAGCUAUAGGCCUAGCCACUGUGUUUUAUGAUGUUGGCUAUAGUUAUGGAUCAAUUCAGGCUAGAGGUUCAUUGAUCAUGUUUGUAUCUUCAUUCUUAACUUUCAUGGCCAUCGGUGGAUUCCCUUCUUUUGUGGAGGAUAUGAAGAUAUUUGAACGAGAAAGGUUAAAUGGACAUUAUGGCACUGGUGCGUUCGUUAUAGGCAACACAUUCUCGGCUCUUCCAUUCUUGCUAGUGAUUUCAUUGGUUCCAGGGGCAAUAGCUUAUUACCCUCCAGGACUUCGGAGAGAUGCUGAACACUUUCUAUAUUUUGCUGCUGUGUUAUUUGCUUGCAUGAUGUUAGUUGAGAGCCUAAUGAUGGCUGUUGCAAGCAUAGUGCCUAAUUUCUUGAUGGGUAUAAUAACUGGUGCUGGAAUUCAAGGGCUCAUGGUAUUAGGUGGUGGAUUUUUUCGAUUUCCGAAUGAUCUUCCCAAACCAUUUUGGAGAUACCCAUUGUACUACAUUGCUUUCCACAAGUAUGCAUACCAAGGAUUGUUCAAGAACGAGUUUGAAGGGCUAACAUUUCCCAGAGAUAAUGCCGGUAGGCCAAUCAAUCUAAGAGGUGAAGAAAUUUUGAGAGAUACAUGGCAAGUGGAAAUGAGCUACUCUAAGUGGGUUGAUCUUGCUAUCUUGCUAGGAAUGGUGGCUUUGUAUCGAAUUUUGUUCUUGGUUAUCAUCAAGACCAUCGAAAACGUGAAGCCUGUUGUUGCAAGUUUCAUGUCAGCACGUUCCAAGCAAACAGCACAAGUCAUGGUGAAUCCUUUUAGUACACCCAUGCAUGGGGGGACUAUACAGCAGAGCUAGAUGUUAUUGGUAAUAUUAGAAAAUAAUGUUAUUAAACUAACGAAUAAGUCUGUUUUCUUUGAUUAUUAAUUUAAGGAAAUGGACUCUCUUCUACUCAUUUUUGUUUUUUGUUUUGUUUUUAAAUUUAUUUGCAAGCACUUGUAUAUUAUGAACUGAAUUAUCGGGGUCCAAGACUCCAAGUAUGUUGGUGUAUUAAUUAUUA